AUGAGCUUUGCCAUUCCAUCACACCAUCUCGCCGCCAUGUCGGCGGCAUCUCUCACCCCGCGAGGGAACGGCACACCGCAGCGAAACGGUACAGGACUAUCAUCCUCGCCAGCACCAUCGUCGCACGGCCAUGGGGCCGCAUCGUCAGCGCCAAAGGCGGCGUCGGUCGCCAUGUCGGCGGCACUCUCUGCAGCCACGCAGCCAGGGACAGCGGGAUCGGGGCCAUCGAAUCUUGUCGCCGAGUUCCUCAAGUCACCAGACGACAUGGCCAAGAUCGCAGCACUGCGCAAGAAGCUGCUCAAGGAACAGGCGAGUCUGUCGGCCAAGCUCAAGCUGGGUGCCAAGGAGCAGCUGGAAGCGACGCGCGAAGGACUGUUGAAGCUGCAGGCGACACGCCAAGACGUAGCGGCGAUCCGGGAGGCUUUUGCACAGGUCGAAGCACUCUACAACAAUACCGACGUCGACGGAGGCUCGGGACCGCAGUCGACCGACGCGAAUCGCUCGUUCCGAGUGAUCAGCCAGGUCUCGCAGAUCCACCGCAACUUUGUGCAGACGACGAGCACGCUCGAGAAGCUCGAUGCGCUUCCGGAGCAGAUCGAGACGCUGGCGGACAUGCUGCAGCGCGGUCAGGACGACAUCAUGGGACCGGCGACCGAUCUGCUGCCGCUGCAUUUCCAUCUUUCGCAGCUCGAGGCGUUUCGCAACGAGACGUUCCAGAUCGCACGCACGUGCUCGGCGGAUGUGCGCAGCACGGUGGCCGAGUUCUUUGCACCGCUCGAUGGGCUCAUCCGGGCGUUUGACGAGUACAUCAUGACGCUGGCCGAACGCACGAUGGAUCUGGUGCGCGAGGGUCGCCCGGCAGUGGUGGUGAAGCUGGUCAAGAUCAUCGAGAAGGAGUCGCGUGAAGACGAGCGUGCGGCGGCGAUCCGUCUGGCCAAGCGCGCCAACCUCGAGGGCGCGGCGCGGUUCCGGUCGGUGGUGGCCAACGCGCGCGUCAUCAAGCUGUACCGGCCCAAAUUCGUCGAGGCGAUCGACCGGUCUGCGGCGGAGCUGUUUGACGAGUGCUGGUCGCGCUUUGGCUCGGACGGCACGAGUCUCGAGUUCCUGACGCACCUGGACUGGAUCUACGACGAUCUGCGCUUUGUCGAGGCCGAGGUGGUGCCGCUCUUUCCGGCGGACUACAAGAUCGUGCGCACGUUUGUCAGGAGCUACCACAAGCAUCUGGGCGCUAUUCUGCGCGAACGCAUCCUGGCGACGGAUCCGGAGGCGAGUGCGCUGCUGGAGCUGUACCAGUUUACGCAGGAGUACACCAAGACGAUGACCAGGGAGCUCGGUGCGGACAAGGCGUGGCUGGAGCCGUCGCUGUUGGGUGGCAAGGAGCAGACGAUCAUCGACGACUAUCUGGGGCUCAUCACGAACAAGAUCGACGAGUGGACGGCGAAUCUCAUGUCGGACGAGGUGCGCGAGUUUGUGGCGCGGCAGAAUGCGCCCGAGGAGGACAACGAGGGGCUGUAUGGCUUGCAGGGAGCGGCGAUCCUGUUCCAGAUGGUCAACCAGCAGGUGGACGUGGCAGCGGAUUCGGGCCAGGCGAGCGUGUUGGCCAAGGUGGUGGAUCAUGCUGCCAAGGCGAUGCACUCUACGCAGGCGACGUGGCUGCGCGUGCUGGAGAGCGAGUUCAAGAAGCAGCGCGAGGCCAAGACGCCCGAGGAUGUGGUGGGUGGACUGGUGGAGUACGUGAUUGCAUUGGCCAACGACGAGCUCAAGUCGGCCGACUAUGCCGAGGCCCUCAUCGCGCGGCUGGAGCCGAUGGUGAGCAAAAAGUACCAAGCGGGCAUCAGGGAGGCGGUGGACAAUGCACUCAACGGCUUCCUGGACGUGUCGAAGCGGUGCACGCAGGUGCUUGUCGAUCUGGUCUUUGCGGAUCUGCAGCCUGCGAUCAAGGAGCUCUUUGGCUUCCCGGCAUGGUGCUCGGAGGGCACCAUGACGACCAUUGUCGAGACGAUGCGCGACUACACUUCGGACUACAGCGAGCGGCUCAACCCGAACCUGUUCGACGUGCUGUGCGACGACAUGAUGGACCGCUUCCUCGUGUCGUACAUCGGUGCACUGCGACGGGUGGGUAGCGGCAAACUGCGCAUGCCUGCAGCCGGCGAUCAGAUGCGCAAAGACGUCGAAGACGCCAAAACCCUCUUCCUCGCUUUCAAAAAGGAAGAGGAGGUGCAGGAGAAGUUCGAGGUGGCCGAUGCGAUUCUGGGCAUGCUCACUUCGUCGCCGACGAUGGUCUUUCUGCCGUACUGGAGUUUCGCCAAGGCGCAUGGGUCUCACUUGGGAUUCCUGGAGGCUCUCAUGCGGGCGCGCGACGAUCUCAAGAAGGACGAUGUCAACGGCAUCAUGGAGAGCGCGCGCCGCAAGGUCAAGAGCGAAGGGCUCAACGACGUGGUUCCCGAGACCGGUGGGCCGACGGUGAUGAGCCGCGUAGCCCAGGCGUACGGCUCGAGCUUUGGCAGCGGCCUGCUCGCCAAUCUGGGCGCCGAGAGAGCCGCGGGCAUGGCGGCGAGCGCUUUAGCUAGCUGGAAGAGCAAGGAGCGCGAGUGA